GGCCGCCGCCCUGCGCCGGGGCGGGCGGCGGCUGCUCCUCGGGCUCCGCCAUGAUACUGCUGUUGCGCGGACGGCGGGAAGUGACGCCACACGAAAGGCGGCCUCCGCCCCGCUAGGCGUUUUGUCCCUCGUGGGACGCCGCAUUCCCGUCACGUGACGCGCCAGGAGCGUCACGUGCGGCGCGAGCCGUCCCGCCGGCAGCGGCCGCGCCCCGCCGGUCACGUGGUCCGCGCGCCCCGCCGGCACCGGCACGAGAGCGGGAGCGCGGCAGGGAGAGGGAGAGGAACGAGAGAGAGGGACGGGAAAAGGAAGAGGAGGGGAGCGGCACACAGCACAGCUCGUCCGGCCGCCGCCGCCGGCCCCCGCCGCCGCCCCAUCAUGAUCAAAGCCAUCCUCAUCUUCAACAACCACGGCAAGCCGCGGCUCUCCAAGUUCUACCAGCGCUAUAGUGAAGAUACUCAGCAACAAAUUAUCAGAGAAACUUUCCAUUUAGUAUCAAAACGUGAUGAAAAUGUCUGUAAUUUUCUAGAAGGAGGACUAUUAAUAGGUGGGUCUGAUAACAAACUAAUUUACCGACACUAUGCCACCUUGUAUUUUGUCUUCUGUGUGGAUUCCUCAGAAAGCGAGCUUGGUAUUUUAGACCUCAUACAAGUAUUUGUGGAAACACUAGACAAAUGUUUUGAAAAUGUCUGUGAGCUGGAUUUAAUCUUCCAUGUAGACAAGGUCCAUAAUAUAUUGGCUGAAAUGGUCAUGGGUGGAAUGGUUUUGGAGACCAAUAUGAACGAAAUUGUCACUCAGAUUGAUGCUCAAAAUAAACUGGAGAAAUCUGAGGCUGGUUUAGCAGGAGCUCCAGCCCGGGCUGUUUCAGCUGUAAAGAAUAUGAAUCUUCCAGAGAUCCCAAGAAAUAUUAAUAUUGGUGACAUCAGUAUAAAAGUACCAAACCUGCCCACUUUUAAAUAACAUGGCUACUCCAGGUAAUUCCAAGGAAGAAAUGUAGUAGAGAUUUACUGCAUAAUUGUUUACUAAAUAAACAUGUCUAACUUUUACUGUUUGGAUAAAACUCAAGGUACUGCAUAGACAUAACCUGAAAAGUCAGUGUGUGGAGUUGAAUGUUGCUUUUGUCUUGUUUGUGAAAUUAAAGGAAAGGGGUAGUUUCCGUGUGAUUUCUAAAUUACAUUCCUAUGCCUUUGCAAGGCAUAUCACUGUGUCUCAGCUGCUGCAGUAUUUUGGGGAAGUAUUUAAGAUAUUCUUUACUUUGUAUAACCUAUAAUGCUGAGGUUUUUUGUAUAUCCACCAAAGGCUAUAAUUAGUGCAUUCUUUAACUACUUCUGUUUGUCAUGAUUAUUUAAGACCUAAGUGCAAAUGUUGCAUGAAAACAUUUAACUCAUUUUUUGUUUAAAUAAAAUCAUAACAAACUGG